AUGACCUCCCACGUCGAAUUCACGAGCGACGCCAUUGCGGUUGCGGACGAGGAACUCCUCGCCAGCUUGGGUUACAAGCAGGAGUUCCGGAGAGAAUUCUCGGGACUUGAGACGUUUGGUAUUGCAUUCAGUAUCAUCGGCCUGCUUCCCUCCAUUGCAUCUGUGUUGUUCUACUCUGUACCCAGCGGCGGUCCAGCAGCUAUGGUAUGGGGUUGGCUGGUAGCAAGUAUAUUCAUCCUGUUCGUCGGUAUGUCGAUGGGAGAAUUGGCUUCAGCGGCUCCAACGUCUGGCGGGCUGUACUUCUGGACACACUCGCUUUCAUCCCCUCGUUACCGAAACGUCCUGGCAUGGAUCGUCGGGUACGCCAACACUAUCGGGUCAAUUGCCUCGAUCGCAUCGAUCGACUGGGGUUGUGCCGUCCAAAUUACAGCGGCAGCGAGCAUUGGUUCCAACGCAAAUUUCGUAGCGACUGACGCGCAACUCUUUGGUGUCUAUAUCGCGAUCCUGCUUACGCACGCUAUCAUUUGUUGCUUUGGUACGAAGAUCCUUGCUCGCCUGCAGACGGUCUACGUGAUUAUCAAUGUCUGUCUUUGCCUGGCCGUUAUCAUCGCACUGCCUGCUGCAACACCCAAGGAGUACAUGAACAGCGCGAGCUAUGCCUUUGGCGGUUUCGUGAACAUGAAUGGAUGGUCCGAUGGUUUUGCGUUCAUUCUCAGCUUCCUAGCGCCUCUCUGGACCAUCUGCUCUUUCGACUCCAGUGUACACAUCAGCGAGGAAGCGUCCAAUGCCGCGACCGCAGUUCCAUGGGCAAUCACGGGGGCGAUCACCAUUGCUGGAGUGUUGGGCUGGGCUAUUAACGUAGCUCUCGCGUUCUGUAUGGGCACCGAUCUGGAGUCCAUCAUGAACAGCCCUGUCGGACAACCCAUGGCCCAGAUUUUCGUCAACAGCUUCGGGCAGAAGGGCACUCUGGCGAUCUGGUCGUUCGUCGUAAUUGCUCAAUACAUGAUGGGCUCGUCCAUGGUCCUGGCUGCCUCCCGCCAAAGCUUCGCUUUCUCGCGCGACGGAGCGCUGCCGUUCUCCUCGGUGCUCUACCGCAUGAACAGCUUCACCGGCACCCCCGUCAACACUGUGUGGUUCUCCUGCAUCUGCGCCGGCCUGCUUGGUCUCCUUGCAUUCGCAGGUAGCGUCGCAAUCAAUGCGAUCUUCUCCCUCUCCGUCGUAGCCCUCUACGUUGCGUACGCGAUCCCGAUCGCCGCCCGCUUCCUGGGAGACAACGACUUCAAGCCUGGUCCCUUCAAUCUGGGACGGUUCAGCGCACCCGUGGCGUUCAUCUCUGUGAUGUGGAUGCUGUUCAUGGGGAUCGUGUUCCUCUUCCCCACAUCGCCACAGGCGAAUACGCAAGAUAUGAACUACGCGGUCGUCGUACUGGGUGGCACCCUCAUCCUGUCGCUCGUCUGGUACUACUUCCCCAAGUACGGCGGCGUGCACUGGUUCACCGGCCCAGUCCCCACUAUCGACAAAACGCGGGUCGGUUCACCACGGACGUCCGCAGAGCUGCGCGAGAAGGAGAAGGAAGUGGUUGUCUCCGCCGAGCAGGUCGUAUAG